AUGUUAAUGGGUGCCGACUGUAUUGUGUUAAAUAAACAAUUGUAUCGUACAAACAGCUUAUGAUUACGGCGGCGUUAUUAAGAAAUUUAUAAAAUAAAGUUUAUACAUAUAUAUAAUUGACCGUACAGGAAGUUGAUAAGUAUUCUUCAAUUUAAACGUUUACGUUACAGGUGAAGUCCGAAAGAGUUUACACAAUGUCUAAUACAAUAGUUCAAUAUGUUUUGUUGCGUAGUGAUUUGUUGAAAGAAUUGGGUUGGUCUAUUGGAUCAUUGGUAGCACAAGCAUGCCAUGCAGCUACGGCAGUGUUACACCUUUACAAAGACGACGAGCAGACAGUAUGUUAUUUGAACGAUUUAGACAAUAUGCACAAGGUAGUUUUAGAGGUUCCAAAUGAAGAAACACUGAAGAAAUUGGCUGAGAAACUGAAAGAAAAUGACAUAGCUCAUAAGUUAUGGAUUGAACAACCAGAAAAUAUAGCCACAUGUCUCGCCUUGAAACCGUACCCAAAAGAUGAGGUGAAAAAAUUUGUAGGAAAAUUUAAAUUAUACAAAGCAACACUGGAGACUUCAUAAUAGUAGGUAUAGUUAUAUUUUUAUAAAAUACCAAAAUAAAUAAUCAGGAAAGUAAUCAAAAUUAUCUACUUAUUAUUUUUAUUGUUCCAACAUUUUUAUUUUUUGGUACUCGUCAAAUAACUAAAACUCGAAUUGUCAGACUUGUAAGUUCAUGGAUGCAUAAAUGAAAACUUACAUAUCUGAUUCUAUACAUUUAUAAAUUAUGUAUUAAAAAAAAUCUUUAUACAAUUGUAAUAUAUUAAGAAUAAAUAACAUAAUACUUUUUAUUUUCUCUUACUUCCUUGGUAUUUUCUUAAAUUAAAUGUAUUGUUGGUAUCAAUAUUAAACAUUUAACACAA